UGGACGUGUUAUGUGAUCACGGAUGGUAAACGUGCAAUCCUAUUCCCAUUGGGAAUACGCUUAAAAUGGGUUGCGCGACUUCCGGUGCUGGUGUUGCGCAUCAAUAUAUACAAAAUCGAGAGUAUCAACCGAUUGAACCAUGCAAAACUCCGAUUCCACCAAACAAUGGCACGGUUAGUGUUUGGGGUAACAACAUGCUCGUGGAGUUCACGUGCGAUGACGGUUUACUUCCGGUCGGAAGAACGUUUGGCUCGUGCAAUCCUACAACAAAAAAGUGGUCCGUCAGUCGUCCCAUUUGCGCAUCAUCUGUAUGUGACCCGCCAGCAAACAUUUCAAAUGGGAAACUAUUUUAUGACCAUGGCGGGAGUGUCGUUUUAGCAACAUGUAACCGUGGUUACCGUUUGACAGGCAGCAGGCAGCGGUAUUGUAACGGAUACACCUGGCGAGGACGGUCACCAAAAUGUAGAGAUAAGUAUCCUUCCCGCUCUCUGCGGCGACAGGCAAGCGACAAUGUGACCACAACAUCCUCGCCUCAAGCCUCUGCAGGUGAUAUCCUCGACGAACACAUCUUAGAAGCUGAUAACACGUGUUAUCUUGAUUAUAGCGAGCCGCCAGCUGUGGAACAUGCAUCAGUGGCAAUCAUAUACAAAUUUAAUAAAGUUCGGCGGAUGUGGAUUCUGAUUGCCAAUUACACAUGCGAAAAGGGUUACAGUUUUAACGACACAAACGCUACCUAUCUUUAUUGUAAAUCAUACAAAUGGAUAGGGAAGAAAAAUCCGGAAUGUAUAAAUACAGAGUUACCACCAACGGAUCCAUGUGAAACAAAGAAUGGAGGAUGUGAGCAUAUAUGUUUAUCAUAUGGCGGGGGAGGGUAUAGCUGUGAUUGUAACCAAGGAUACGCACUGGGGAGAUUGAUGAGAAGGUGUGAAGAUAUAGAUGAGUGCAGGAUGGAUAAUGGCGGCUGCGAGCACAGUUGUAUCAAUGUCAUUGGUUCAUUCUUCUGCACGUGCGAAAAUGGUUACAUAUCCAUAGGACAGAAAUGCCAUGUGAACAAAGUAAGCGGACAUUCAAUUUUAACUGUGAGAAGUUCGUACUAUACAGACUUGGAUGAAUGUCAGUCCCCUGGCGGACACCGAUGUGAUGGCGAAUGCAUCAAUGUACCAGGAACAUAUGAAUGUAACUGCACUAGAGAAGGUUUUACUGUGGCAUCAGAUAAAACAUCAUGUGUUGAUGUUGAUGAAUGCAAAAACAACAAUGGUGGAUGUGAGGAGGUUUGUGUAAACACAGUAGGCUCUUACCAGUGUAAAUGUUUCCGGAAAGGUUACGGGUUGUCAGAGGAUGGACAUACAUGCGAAGAUAUAGACGAAUGUAAGCGGUAUAAAAAGAAGGGACGAUGUCUGAAUGGAGUUUGUGAGAAUUUACUGGGAUCAUACACGUGCCACUGUAACGACGGAUUUGAAGCAAGUUCUUCAGGAAGAAAAUGUUUAGACAGAGAUGAGUGCAAAGAUGGAAGUAAUGAUUGUACUGAAACUUGUGAAAACAAUGUUGGAAGUUACGUAUGUGGUUGUUAUGACGACGGUUUCACCAUAGGAAAUGAUGGAAAAACAUGUUUGGAUGUGGAUGAAUGCGAAAUUAACAAUGGAAAUUGUGAAGAUGUUUGUGUGAACGCUCAAGGGUCAUAUGAAUGUCUUUGCCGGCAAGAAUAUAAAGUUCUACACGAGGAUGGCCGUUCAUGUACAACUUGUGACAGUAAUCACUUUUAUGACAAAAAUCAUACAACGUGUUUUCCAUGUCCAAACAAUGCUGUUAUAAAGGACAUAGUCACUGUAGCAACAGGGAAGGAAGAUUGUGUUUGCAAAUCGGGUUUUAUACCCAGAGGCGAUGGAGACUGUAUUGAUAUAGAUGAAUGUGAAAACAACAUCAUUUUAUGUGAUCAGCUUUGUGUGAACACCCCUGGAUCUGCUUACUGCGCAUGCGCACCUGGAUAUAAUCUUACUAUGCAAAAUAACUGUACAGAUAUAGACGAGUGUGAAAUGAAUCCAUGCAGUCAGUUCUGCGAGAACAUGGAUGGAAGUUAUCGAUGUUCAUGUGAAAAUGGUUAUUUUCUUGCAAAAGAAGGGCAUUUCUGUAUUGAUAUAGAAGAGUGUCUAGAUGAUGUGUUGCUAUGUGACCAUGAAUGUGUGAAUACAGUCGGUAGUGCUUAUUGUACCUGUGACAAAGGAUAUCAAAUCAGCAAAGACAAUGUCACAUGCUCUGAUAUAGACGAAUGCAGUCUCGGUAUUGACUUGUGCGAAGACAGGUGCACAAACACUCAAGGUUCCUACAUUUGUGACUGUGUUUCUGACGGGGUGAAACUGUCAUGGGAUCUUGCAUCAUGUUCAGAUAUAAAUGAGUGUAUGGAAGGGGAAAAUAAUUGCACGGGACAAUGUAUCAACACGUACGGUUCAUACACGUGCAAUUGUUACGAAGAUGGGUUUGUGACAAGUGAAGAUGGCACCACUUGUGAAGAUCAAGACGAGUGCUCGAACCCCGAGUUGAAUGACUGCCUGGAGACUUGUGUAAACACUGUUGGAUCUUACAGAUGUGAUUGUCUUCUUGGACAUGCCCUGAUUGGCUACAACAAAUGUGCACCCUGUCCGAAAAACUACUUCCGUGAUGAAACGAGUAGAGAAUGCGUCUCGUGUCCUGUUUAUUCAGUUACACUGAUGGAAGGGAGCACAAGUAUUGGCGAUUGUCAAUGUAUGGAUGGUUAUCAUGGGAACAUGACAUUUGGCGAGGAUUGUGUGAAGGUGUAACAAUACGAAAACUUAACAAUUUUGAAACUGUUGUACAGCAGCUCCGCUGCUUUGGUUGUAUGUUUUGUUAUUGUUUCGUUAUGGCAUUUAUGUUCAUUAGCCAACAAUGUUAAAUGUACCCAAUGAUGUGUAAAUAAUUAAAGAUGUAUAAUUUUUGUAAAA